AUGGAAGAGGGACGGAAGCGGUGGGAUGACCCUGCCACUUCCCAUUACAAGACCCCACUGUUUCCUCGUCUCAGGCUAGGCUCAGCGGGCCGGCUGGCAGGCAGUACUGCUCAGUACUGCUCAUUCAUAUCUCUCAUGUCUCUCUCUCUGUGUGUGUGUCUCUCUCUCUCUCUCCCUCUCCCCCAUUCUUAUUCACUGCUCUGAUCGGCGGUCUGAUGUGUUGCUCACAUGUCUCAGUAUUAAGUCCGAUGACACAGCUUAACCCUAGUCCUGAACUAAAACCGGACCAUAGACUAAAUGAAUGAUAUCCCACAUGUUGUUCAGUCAUAGUCAAUACUGUAGUAUACACACACAGACUUGGUACGAGCCUCCACCUCCCAAACAGACUUGGUACGAGCCUCCACCUCCCAAACAGACUUGGUACGAGCCUCCACCUCCCAAACAGCCUUGGUGCGAGCCUCCCAUCCUUCACACCCACCUCUUCUCUGUUGUUGUAUCUGACAUCAUCUCACAAACAUGUCUGUACACAUUGGUCCUUGCCACAUUCCAGAAUGAUCAGAUCACCAAGGUGAUGGGAUGGUUCUACUCUCUCGCCCUCCUUCUGCCCUCCCUUGGUUGCCAGUUCCACAUAUUUUACAGUUGUUCAGCUACUGCUUGUCCAGCCGUGGUGUUGUUUUGCAGAGAGGCUCUGGGAAGUCCUUGCCCUCCGAGGUCAGGCCAGACCGCCUCCUAGUUCCUGCUUUGACAGACACACAAAAACACAGAGACUUUUUCCUGGUUCCACUUGGUCUCAGAAGACUUCACAUUGUACAUUUUAGUCAUUUAGCAGACGCUCUUAUCCAGAGCAAUUAGGGUUUAGUGGCUUGCUCAAGGGCACAUCGACAGAUUUUUCACCUAGUCGGCUCGGGGAUUUGAACCAACGACCUUUCGGUUACUGGCCCAAUGCUCUUAACCACUAAGCUACCUGCCGCACCGUCAGUCUGUAGACUGGGGAGGCUUUGUGACCGACCAGUCAUGUUAGUGAAACAUUAGUUUGUUCUUGGUAAAUAGGUCCCAAUUUAGGGGCUGAAUCUAUAGAUUAGGACUGGACUCAUAUAGGUAAUGGCUAUUGUUUUUUUAUUAAUAGGAAAAUCAUAUAUUUCCAAUGAGAUGUAUUGAUAUGCUAUAUUUUGGGUAGAAAGAAAAAGGUUUUUAGAAGUGUGAAAAUUGCUUGUAACAUUGUUAAUGAAUGUAUGAAUGACUGACAAGAUGUACGAUCUAAAGUAGUGCACUACGUAGGGAAUAGGGUGCCAUUUUGGACGCAACUGUAGUCUUAACAUCGACCUCCCAUCUGUGGAGGCUUUGUCACAAUAUCUUGUCCUUUGCCUUGAACUCUGCUUGUGCUCCACCGUGUGUGUGUGCGCACGUGUCCACAACUUAAUUAUGGGACCAAUAACAGAUGCCAGACUUCCUGCUGAUGAUGCCACAGACAGACACACACGGUCUCAUGGCCAUGAUCCACCCUAUUCCCUAUAUAGUGCACUGCUUUUGACCCCUAUGGGGUUUAGGGUGCCAUUUGGGACGCAGUCUUGACCAGUGCUGUUAUUUACCUGAGCUGAGCUGACCUGUCUAAACCAAACACUUUAGUUUUUACACUGCUGCUACUCGAUGUUUAUUAUCUAUGCAUAGUCACUUUACCCCUACCUACAUGUACAAAUUAUCUCCACUAACCUGUAUCCCAGCACAUUGACUCGGUACCCCCUGUAUAUAGCCUCAUUAUUGUUAUUUUAUUGUGUUACUUUUUAUAUAUUUUUUUACUUUUGUUUAUUUGGUAAAUAUAUUCUUAACUCUUUCUUGAACUACAUUAUUGGUUAAGGGCUUGUAAGUAAGCAUUUCACGGUAAGGUCUACACCUGUUGUAUUCGGCGCAUGUGACAAAGUUUGAUUUGACUGGGAGGGUUAUCAUGACGUAUGCUGCGAUAAUGGGCCCUGGCUGGGAGGGUUAUCAUGACGUAUGCUGCGAUAAUGGGCCCUGGCUGGGAGGGUUAUCAUGACGUAUGCUGCGAUAAUGGGCCCUGGCUGGGAGGGUUAUCAUGACGUAUGCUGCGAUAAUGGGCCCUGGCUGGGAGGGUUAUCAUGACGUAUGCUGCGAUAAUGGGCCCUGGCUGGGAGGGUUAUCAUGACGUAUGCUGCGAUAAUGGGCCCUGGCUGGGAGGGUUAUCAUGACGUAUGCCGCAAUAAAGGGUUACCACCCAAAACAUGUUAAAGCUAAGCCAACAGCAGAUGCUAUGAGAACCUGAUUGAUAGGAUGACGAUCGACUUAACAAGGUAACCAGAAAGUACUUUAUAUAAUCAGGUUCUCACACAGUCUCUGCUCUUGGCUUAGCUUUAAUAUGAUGUGUUGGGUGAGAUGCGGACCAAAAAUGCCCUCUGGUCCACAAUAAGGUUCAUAGCGUGCAUCAUAUCACUAUGUGUCAGUAUGUUAAUGCAUCAGGACUUCGCUAGGCUAGAGGCAAUUAGCUAAGUGGGUGUGGUGGGUUGUCCCCUGUUACAGGAGGCUUUUUAUUGGCCGAGCCCAAACCGCUCGCUGUAAGAUAAACAUUUUCAAGUUGUUUUGACAGCUGAGCCUGGUCCUGUAGAGAUGAUGUCAUAGCAGCAGGACGAUUGGAUGCGUCCCAAAUCACACCCUAUUCCCUACAUGGUGCCCUAUGGGCCCUGGUCAGCAUUAGUUCACUAUAUAGGGAAUAGGGUGCCAUGUUAGAUGCAGGCGUAGUCUGAUAUUAAAUAAGCUUUCGAAUAGGUUAUCUCACCCUAUGACACAGUGGGAUGAGAUCACUGGUGUUAUUAUAAUGGAGAUAGGUGGUUUCACAUCAGGCCUUUAUAUAAUAUAGAUGGGUGGUUUCACGUCAGGCCUUUAUAUAAUAUAGAUGGGUGGUUUCACGUCAGGCCUUUAUAUAAUAUAGAUGGGUGGUUUCACGUCAGGCCUUUAUAUAAAUGUAGAUGGGUGGUUUCACGUCAGGCCUUUAUAUAAAUGUAGAUGGGUGGUUUCACAUCAGGCCUUUAUAUAAUCAAAUCAAAUCAAAUCAAAUUUUAUUGGUCACAUGCGCCGAAUACAACAGGUGCAGACAUUAGUGAAAUGCUUACUUACAGCCCUUAACCAACAGUGCAUUUAUUUAAAAACAAAAAAGUAAGAAUAAAACAACAACAAAAAAGUGUUGAGAAAAAAAGAGCAGAAGUAAAAUAAAGUGACAGUAGUGAGGCUAUAUAUACAGUAACAUAAAGUGACAGUAGGGAGGCUAUAUAUACAGGGGGGUACCGUUGCAUAGUCAAUGUGCGGGGGCACCGGCUAGUUGAGGUAGUUGAGGUAAUAUGUACAUGUGGGUAGAGUUAAAGUGACUAUGCAUAAAUACUUAACAGAGUAGCAGCAGCGUAAAAAGGAUGGGGUGGGGGGGGCAGUGCAAAUAGUCCGGGUAGCCAUGAUUAGCUGUUCAGGAGUCUUAUGGCUUGGGGGUAGAAGCUGUUGAGAAGUCUUUUGGACCUAGACUUGGCACUCCGGUACCGCUUGCCGUGCGGUAGCAGAGAGAACAGUCUAUGACUAGGGUGGCUGGAGUCUUUGACAAUUUUGAGGGCCUUCCUCUGACACCGCCUGGUAUAGAGGUCCUGGAUGGCAGGGAGCUUUGCCCCAGUGAUGUACUGGGCCGUACGCACUACCCUCUGUAGUGCCUUGCGGUCAGAGGCCAAGCAGUUGCCAUACCAGGCGGUGAUGCAACCAGUCAGGAUGCUCUCGAUGGUGCAGCUGUAGAAUUUUUUGAGGAUCUGAGGACCCAUGCCAAAUCUUUUUAGUCUCCUGAGGGGGAAUAGGCUUUGUCGUGCCCUCUUCACGACUGUCUUGGUGUGUUUGGACCAUGAUAGUUCGUUGGUGAUGUGGACACCAAGGAACUUGAAGCUCUCAACCUGUUCCACUACAGCCCCGUCGAUGAGAAUGGGGGCGUGCUCAGUCCUCUUUUUUUUCCUGUAGUCCACAAUCAUCUCCUUUGUCUUGGUCACGUUGAGGGAGAGGUUGUUGUCCUGGCACCACACGGCCAGAUGGGUGGUUUCACAUCAGGCCUUUAUAUAAUAUAGAUGGGUGGUUUCACAUCAGGCCUUUAUAUAAUAUAGAUGGGUGGUUUCACAUCAUGCCUUUAUAUAAUAUAGAUGGGUUAUUUCACAUCAGGCCUUUAUAUAACAUAGAUGGGUGGUUUCACAUCAGGCCUUUAUAUAAUAUAGAUGGGUGGUUUCACAUCAGGCCUUUAUAUAAUAUAGAUGGGUGGUUUCACAUCAGGCCUUUAUAAAUGUAGAUGUGUGGUUUCACAUCAGGCCUUUAUAUAAUAUAGAUGGGUGGUUUCACAUCAUGCCUUUAUAUAAUAUAGAUGGGUGGUUUCACAUCAGGCCUUUAUAUAAUAUAGAUGGGUGGUUUCACAUCAGGCCUUUAUAUAAUAUAGAUGGGUGGUUUCUCAUCAGGCCUUUAUAUAAUAUAGAUGGGUGGUUUCACAUCAGGCCUUUAUAUAAUAUAGAUGGGUGGUUUCUCAUCAGGCCUUUAUAUAAUAUAGAUGGGUGGUUUCUCAUCAGGCCUUUAUAUAAUAUAGAUGGGUGGUUUCACAUCAUGCCUUUAUAUAAUAUAGAUGGGUGGUUUCACAUCAGGCCUUUAUAUAAUAUAGAUGGGUGGUUUCACAUCAGGCCUUUAUAUAAUAUAGAUGGGUGGUUUCACAUCAGGCCUUUAUAUAAUAUAGAUGGGUGGUUUCUCAUCAGGCCUUAUAUAAUAUAGAUGGGUGGUUUCACAUCAGGCCUUUAUAUAAUAUAGAUGGGUGGUUUCUCAUCAGGCCUUUAUAUAAUAUAGAUGGGUGGUUUCACAUCAGGCCUUUAUAUAAUAUAGAUGGGUGGUUUCACAUCAGGCCUUUAUAUAAUAUAGAUGGGUGGUUUCUCAUCAGGCCUUUAUAUAAUAUAGAUGGGUGGUUUCUCAUCAGGCCUUUAGGAGGGAGGGAGAUAAGGAGGGAGGGAGGGAGAUGAGGGAGGGAGGGAGAUGAGGGAGGGAGGGAGAUGAGGAGGGAGGGAGAUGAGGAGGGAGGAAGAGCCGUCUGAUUUUCUAUGGAUAAGAGCUUCUUUUAAAUGACUAAAAUGUAAAUGCGAAGCUAUAAGGUACCCUCUUCAUCACCUGCAUAAUAAGGGUUUCAGAGGAAGGCAGUAGAACAUGUCGUAGCACGUCUCUAGCUGAGAAAUAUAUUUUAAGAACUGGAACACCCCAAGCGUUACAAGAUCAGUCAACCAGUACAACCUCUGUCAGCUCUGUCAGUAUCAUGUGCGUGUCUGUUUGUAACGCGAACAUGCACGCACUGCAGUGUAAUGUAAUGAAUGGGAUUCAGUGACAGCUCACACUGUAAACACGCCUGAGGUCUGAAUCAACAAGGAUCCCUCUGUCCCCUUGAGAUCUACAAAGCUCAACCACUAUAAACAUUAAAACACCUCCCUGAGAACUAAAGCAUUAAAAACACCACACUGUCUGGGAAAUGUGGAAUUAUGGACAAAGAUUGAUCUAAUUUAUAAACGAAUUGAACAAAGGUUAUAAAAGCUUCACAGAACCUUCAUAAUGUCUUCAUAAAAGCACUACAAUACCAGGAACCUUACAUUCACAAUACAAAAGCUGUUUUUCCUACGAAGCUUAUUGAUGGAGCAUUUAUUAAGAGGAAACCCCUGGUCUGGACCUUAGUUCUGGUGAUACUGUCUACUGUUAGCUACUGGUUUCGCUGGCAUGAUAAAGGCCCUUUCCAUAGUCAAUAACUACACUGAACAAAAACAUAAACGCAACACACAACAAUUUAUUGAGUUACAGUUCAUAUAAGGAAAUCAGUCAAUUAAAAUAAAUUCAUUAGGCCCUAAUCUAUGGAUUUCACAUGACUGGGAAUUACAGAUAUGGAUCUGGAGGGCCUGGAUCAGAAAACCAGUCAGUAUCUGAGUUGAUCAGGCUGUUGAUUGCGGCCUGUGCAAUGUUGUCCCUCGCCUCUUCAAUGGCUGUGCGAAGUUGCUGGAUAUUGGCGGGAACUGGAACACACUGUCGUACACGUCGAUCCAGAGCAUCCCAAACAUGCUCAAUGGGUGACAUGUCUGGUGAGUCUGCAGGCCAUGGAAGAACUGGGACAUUUUCAGCUUCCAGGAAUUGUGUACAGAUCCUUGCGACAUGGGACUGUGCAUUAUCUGGCUGAAACAUGAGGGUGAUGGCGGUGGAUGACUGAGACGACAAUGGGCCUCAGGAUCUCGUCAACAUAUCUCUGUGCAUUCAAAUUGUCAUCAAUAAAAUGCAAUUGUUUUCGUUGUCCGUAGCUUAUGCCUGCCCAUACCAUAACCCCACCGCCACCAUGGGGCACUCUGUUCACAACAUUGACAUCAGCAAACCGCUCGUCCACACCACGCAAUACACGUGGUCUACGGUUGUCAGGUCGGUUGAACGUCCUGCCAAAUUCUCUAAAACGACAUUGGAGGCGGCUUAUGGUAGAGAAAUGAACAUUACAUUCUCUGGCAACAGCUCUGGUGGACAUUCCUGCAGUCAGCAUGCCAAUUGCACGCUCCCUCAAAACUUGAGACAUCUGUGGCAUUGUGUUGUGUGACAAAACUGCACAUUCUAAAGUGGCCUUUUAUUGUCCCCAGCACAAGGUGCACCUGUGUAACGAUCAUGCUGUUUAAUCAGCUUCUUGAUAUGCCACACCUGUCAGGUGGAUGGAUUAUCUUGGCAAAGGAGAAACGCUCACUAACAGGGAUGUAAAAAAAUUAGUGCACAAAAUUAGAGCUAAAUAAUAUUUUUGUGCGUUUGGAAAAUUUCUGGGAUCUUUUAUUUCAGCUCAUGAAACAAUGGACCAACACUUUACAUGUUGCGUUUAUAUUGUUGUUCAGUGUAGAUCCCAAUGACGUAAUGUUAUGUUUACAUGGUUGUGUCUGGGAGUGGCUACUUUGGCUACUCUUCAGUUGAUAGGGGUGAGGCUCCUGGCUUAUAAACAGUGUCUGUCUGUCUGUCUGUCUGUGAAGCAUGAUGUUGUUGUUGAGGUGAGACAGAAGUCAAGGUAGACAGACAGUCAGACAUCUGCUUUUUCUCCACUUCCUGACAAACAAUACUUUGUCCCUGUCUGCUUCUCUCUCUCUCUCUCUCUCUCUCUCUCUCUCUCUCUCUCCGUCGCUCUCUCUCCGUCUCUCUCUCGCUCUGUUUCUUGUCUCUGUGUCACUCUCACUCAGUGUUUUGUCACACACACACACACACACACACACACACACACACACACACACACACACACACACACACACGCUAGAGCAGAUGGUGGAGAGAAGGCAGAGGAGGAAAUGACACUAAGAGUUCUGAUUAAAGAUAAUUCUCCUCUGUUAGUCAAGCUGUCAGGGGGGGCUGAGAUGAAUGAACCAGCCCCCUCCCACCUCCCCCCCUCCCUCUCCCCCCUCCCCCCCCUCUCUCUCUCUCUCUCUCUCUCUCUCUCCCCUCUCCCCCCUCCCUCUCCCCCCUCCCCCCUCUCUCUCUCUCUCUCUCGCUCCCCUCUCUUCCCUCCCACAUUACUCAUCUCCUUCAUUAAGGAAGUUUUCGCCUGCAGAUUGAGGCUGAUUUUGUAUUUAACUACUCACAGAUUUGCGGAAGCUGUUCCUCACAUCUACAUUACAUGAACGUUUUCACAUCUACAUUACGUGAACGUUUCGGCGCGUUUAUGUUCAGCGUACGGAACAUGGCUGCUCUUUUCAGGAGUUGAUCAAACCCUACAUGUUUCAAAUAGACUGGGGGGGGAGUAGUAUGUCAUCAAGUGUGCAGAUUUCUCUCAAUGUACAGCACAGCACAUAGACAUUCAGAUCACACUGUCUACCCACAAAUGACGGAAGGUAGAGUAUCAUGCAAUCUAAGAAGAACAAGAAGGAAGGCUGUUUUCUAAACUGGUGCGGUGACUCUGGUUCAAUGGCAGUUAUAGUUCAAUGGGAGGUGAUGCAUUGCCUUGGUAACUCUGUAUAGAGACCAGACUCACGCCAGACUACUGAAGUGUUUAAAAGAAUUUAAAACAGAAGGAAGCAUUAGAAACAUCAUAAUACCCCGGAACUUUGUUUAAAUUCCUUUGGCUUGGCUUGACUCAUCUAGUAUUGCUGCUGGAACAUCAGACCGUCACAGAACUCUUUGGUUAGUGUGAUGGUGUUAAUCAGACCGUCACAGAACUCUUUGGUUAGUGUGAUGGUGUUAAUCAGACCGUCACAGAACUCUUUGGUUAGUGUGAUGGUGUUAAUCAGACCAUCACAGUACUCUUUGGUUAGUGUGAUGGUGUUAAUCAGACCGUCACAGAACUCUUUGGUUAGUGUGAUGGUGUUAAUCAGACCGUCACAGUACUCUUUGGUUAGUGUGAUGGUGUUAAUCAGACCGUCACAGAAACUCUUUGGUUAGUGUGGUGGUGUUAAUCAGACCGUCACAGAACUCUUUGGUUAGUGUGAUGGUGUUAAUCAGACCGUCACAGAACUCUUUGGUUAGUGUGAUGGUGUUAAUCAGACCAUCACAGUACUCUUUGGUUAGUGUGAUGGUGUUAAUCAGACCGUCACAGUACUCUUUGGUUAGUGUGAUGGUGUUAAUCAGACCGUCACAGUACUCUUUGGUUAGUGUGAUGGUGUUAAUCAGACCGUCACAGAACUCUUUGGUUAGUGUGGUGGUGUUAAUCAGACCGUCACAGAACUCUUUGGUUAGUGUGAUGGUGUUAAUCAGACCGUCACAGAACUCUUUGGUUAGUGUGAUGGUGUUAAUCAGACCGUCACAGAACUCUUUGGUUAGUGUGGUGGUGUUAAUCAGACCGUCACAGAACUCUUUGGUUAGUGUGAUGGUGUUAAUCAGACCGUCACAGAACUCUUUGGUUAGUGUGAUGGUGUUAAUCAGACCGUCACAGUACUCUUUGGUUAGUGUGAUGGUGUUAAUCAGACCAUCACAGUACUCUUUGGUUAGUGUGAUGGUGUUAAUCAGACCGUCACAGAACUCUUUGGUUAGUGUGAUGGUGUUAAUCAGACCGUCACAGUACUCUUUGGUUAGUGUGAUGGUGUUAAUCAGACCGUCACAGAACUCUUUGGUUAGUGUGAUGGUGUUAAUCAGACCGUCACAGUACUCUUUGGUUAGUGUGAUGGUGUUAAUCAGACCGUCACAGAACUCUUUGGUUAGUGUGAUGGUGUUAAUCAGACCGUCACAGUACUCUUUGGUUAGUGUGAUGGUGUUAAUCAGACCGUCACUGUACUCUUAGUGUUAAUGUAGGAAUGGUAAUAUGGUCUUCUAUGCUGUGUUGUCUCCCAGCUGUCUGCUGUACAGGGUCAGUGUUUUGACUGGUGGGAAACCUGAGGAGAUUCAUUUGAGUUGCAGAGGGACUAAUGUAUUCGCUGGACAUAAACUCCUGUCCUGUCUUGUCCUGUCCUGUCCUGUCCUGUCUUGUCCUGUCCUGUCGGACGCUUUUUUUCCCCCUCUCAGCUUUUCUGUUUAACAUCUCUUCACGUGGGUCCCAAAUGGCACCUUAUUCCUUAUAUUGUGCACUAUUUUUGUCCAGGGCCCUGGUCUAAAGUAGUGCACUGUGUAGGGGAUAAGGUGGCGUUUGGGACCCAGCGUUCAUAUUUAUACUGUAUCAGCGGGGUACGUGGGAUUGUGCCACAGCCAGCACAGAGAGACAGCCAGACAGCUUCUGGAUCCUCUCACAGCACGGCUGUGUCCCAAAUGGCACCCUAUACUUUACUGUAUAUACAGUAGUGCACUACUUUUGACCAGAGCCCUAUAUGAAAAGAGCCAUUGGAAAUAACACACAUGGGCACAAUUUGGUUUGCCUGCAGUUGGGUGGUUUAUCAGUUUUAAAAUGUCUGUGGGCAAAUUGAAUUACAAAACCAUGAUGCAUCUGCAAAAAGUAAACUAUCAUUCUGAGGACUAAGUGUCACGAUCGUCGAAAGGAGUGGGCCAAUGCGCAGCGUUGGAAUGCGAACAUCUUUUAUUUAUAUUUCACCACACGAACAAAAACAACAAAAACGAUACGUGAAGUCCUUGGGUACAUACACAAACCAACACGGAACAAGAUCCCACAAUACACUGUGCCAAACAGGCUGCCUAAGUAUGGUUCCCAAUCAGAGACAACAAGCAACAGCUGAUUCUCGUUGCCUCUGAUUGAGAACCAUCCCGGCCAACAUAGAUACACAUGAACUGGAAACUGAAACAAAGAACACAAAACAUAGACUCUACACACCCUGGCUCAACAUAAAAGAGUCCCUAGAGCCAGGGCGUGACACUAAGAUGUCUAGAUUUUGGCAAAGUGUCUUCUUUUAAAUGUGGUCCUCCGUAGCUCAGCUGGUAGAGCACGGCACUUGUAACGCCAGGGUAGUGGGUCCGAUCCCCGGGACCACCCAUACACACAAAAAAAAAAUUAUGCACGCAUGACUGUAAGUCGCUUUGGAUAAAAGCGUCUGCUAAAUGGCAUAUUAUAUUAUUAUUAAAUAAAUGUUACAUUUUCACCAUAACUUUGUACAUUUUCACCUCAAAUUCUUAUUACCGAAAUGCAUACUGUACAUUUCUCAGGUCAUUUGAUAUCAUUAUACUUAAAAAAAUCUAACUUUAUUUGAAUAAAACAAAAUAUGUUGCUGUAGUUUGUCUAUAAAUCAUAAAGGUAUACUACUGCUGAAGUUUACAUUAAACUAUAAUAUUUAUUAAAAUUUUUCAAGUUCCAGUAAAAACUCCAAUCAGUUUUUAAAUGAAGUUUUAUUCCCCAAUGAUGCACCAUCUAGAAGAGUUAAGUUAAUUUAUUUGCUUAUACAGUGCAUUUGGAAAGUAUUCAGACCCCCGUUAGUCUUAUUCUAAAAUUGAUUAAAUUAUUUAUUUUUCUCAUCAAUCUGCACACAAUACCCCAUAAUGUCAAAGCGAAAACACGUUUUUAGAAAUGUUUGCUAAUUUAUUAAAAAUUUAAAAAAAAUAAAAAAAUACCUUAUUUACGUUAAGUAUUCAGACCCUUUGCUAUGAUACUUGAAAUUGAGCUCAGGUGCAUUGUGUUUCCAUUGAUCAUCCCGGAGAUGUUUCUUCAACUUGAUUGGAGUCCACCUGUGAUGAAUUGAUUGGACAUGAUUGUGUAGAGCUCCGAGACAGGAUUGUGUCGAGGCACAGAUCUGGGGAAGGGUACCAAAAAAUGUCUGCAGUGUUGAAGGUCCCCAAGAACACAGUGGCCUCCAUCAUUCUUAAAUGGAAGAAGUUUGGAACCACCAAGACUCUUCCUAGAGCUGGUCGCCCGGCCAAACUGAGCAAUCAGGGAGAAUGGCCUUGGUCAGGGAGGUGACCAAAAACCCGAUGGUCACUCUGAAAGAGCUCCAGAGUUCCUCUGUGGAGAUGGGAGAACCUUCCAGAAGGACAACCAUCUCUGCAGCACUCCACCAAUCAGGACUUUAUGGUGGAGUCGCCAGACGGAAGCCACUCCUCAGUAAAAGGCACAUGACAGCCCGCUUGGAGUUUGCCAAAACGCAGCUAAAGACUCUCAAGCUAAUGAGAAACAAGAUCCUCUGGUCUGAUGAAACCAAGAUUGAACUCUUUGGCCUGAAUGCCAAGCGUCACGUCUGGAGGAAACCUGGCACCAUCCCUACGGUGAAGCAUGGUGGUGGCAGCAUAAUGCUGUGGGGAUGUUUUUCAGCGGCAGGGACUGGGAGACUAGUCAGGAUCGAGGCAAAGAUUAACGGAGCAAAUGUACAGAGAGAUCCUUAAGCUGAAAAAUGACACUUGAGAAUUUGUUGGUCAAAUGUCAGUUUUGUUAGAAUGACCCAUUUAUGUUUGUGGGACUUGAAUUUAUUGGGCGAUGCUCCAGAAAUGUGUGUUGUCUUAAAACAUGGUGUCACUGUCACUCACACUCACACACAGACACACACACACACACACACUCACACACACACACACACACACACACACGGAGACACAGUAGUAGCUUGAGGAUAUCUUAGGAACUUCCUCUGUCUGUCUCUUUAUUUAACCUCAAGCUGACAUAAACUGAUGUCACCGACCUACACACAUAGAUGACACCUGCUGGAGAACGCUGUGAGUACACAGAACAUCCUCUCUAUAACACCUGCUGGAGAACGCUGUGAGUACACAGAACAUCCUCUCUAUAACACAGUACUGUCUCUUGGUCGGUUAUUCCAUUGUAAUAGCAAAGGAAAACUUAACCUCUCUGUCUCCGUGUCGGAAAGAGUGAAGCGUCGGGUCAGAAAUGUUUAUGAAAUGACUCAAUCCACAUACUGUAGUUAGUUAUACUAUAGCUGUGGAGUUGACUCCGCCAGUUGCGUAUUCCUUCAUGGCUACUUUUGGAGAAAAUGAGGACUUUUACCUUAUCGACUGUACAUCAAAUGCUGUUGUUCUCUGUGAUGAGCUUUUUCGGGAUAUUUAUUUUCAUUUUUAUUAUUAAUAAUAAUUGUAAGCAAACAUGAAUACAGAUACACUAUAUAUACAAAAGUAUGUGGACAAAUGAGUGGAUUCGGCUAUUUCAGCCACACCCAUUGCUGACAGGCGUAUAAAAUCGAGCACACAGCCAUGCGAUCUCCAUAGACAAACAUUGGGAGUACAAUGGCCUUACUGAAGAGCUCAGUGACUUUCAACGUGGCACCGUCAUAGGAUGCCACCUUUCCAACAACUCAGGUCGUCAAAUUCUGCCCUGCUAGAGCUGCCCCGGUCAACUGUAAAUGCUGUUAUUGUGAAGUGGAAAACUCUAGGAGCAACAACCGCUCAGCACGAAGUGGUAGGCCACACAAGCUCACAGAACGGGACCGUGGAGUGCUGAAGCACGUACCGCGUCAAAAUGGUCUGUCCUCGGUUGCAACGCUCACCGCCGAGUUCCAAACUGCCUCUGGAAGCAACGUCAGCAGAAGAACUGGACUCUGGAGCAGUGGAAACUUGUUCUCUGGAGUGAUGAAUCACUCUUGACCAUCUGGCAGUCCGACGGACAAAUCUGGGUUUGGCGGAAUAAUAGUCUGGGGCUGUUUUUCAUGGUUCGGGCUAGGCCCCUUAGUUCCAGUGAAGGGAAAACUUAACGCUACAGUGUACAAUGACUUUCUAGACGAUUCUGUGCUUCCAGCUUUGUGGCAACAGUUUGGGGAAGGCCCAUUCCUGUUUCAGCAUGACAAUGCCCCCGUGCACAAAGCGAGGUCGAUACAGAAAUGGUUUGUCGAGAUCAGUGUUGAAGAACUUGACUGGCCUGCACAGAGCCCUGACCUCAACCCCAUCGAACUCCUUUUGGAUGAAUUGGAACACCGACUGCGAGCCAGGCCUAAUCGCCCAACAUCAGUGCCCGAUCUCACUAAUGCUCUUGUGGCUGAAUGGAAGCAAGUCCCCGCAGCAAUGUUCCAACAUCUAGUGGAAAGCCUUCCCAGAAGAGUGGAGGCUGUUAUAGCAGCAAAGGGGGAACCAACUCAAUAUUAAUGCCCAUGAUGUUGGAAUGAGCAGGUGUCCACAUAUUUUUUUUUUUUAAACAUUUUUAGUCAUUUAGCAGACGCUCUUAUCCAGAGCGACUUACAGGAGCAAUUAGGGUUAAGUGCCUUGCUCAAGGGCACAUCGACAGAUUUUUCACCUAGUCGGCUCGGGGAUUAGAACCAGCGACCUUUCGGUUACUGGCACUACGCUCUUAACCACUAAGCUACCUGGUCAUGUAGAGUAUUCCCUCACGAAGAGCAGUGUUUAUGACCUGCUGACUGUUCUCUCUUCUAUUGAUUAACAUCAAAUCAAAUGUAUUUAUAAAGCCCUUUUUACAUCAGCAGAUGUCACAAAGUGCUUAUUCAUAUGCUAAAUCAUAUGCUAAAUGGCAUAUUAAUAUUAAUUAAUUAAUUAAUCUUAUUCAGAAACCCAGCCUAAAACCCCAAACAGCAAGCAAUGCAGAUGUAGAAGCAUGGUGGCUAGGAAAAACUCCCUAGAAAGGCAGAAACCUAGGAAGAAACCUAGAGAGGAACCAGGCUCUAAGGGGUGGCCAGUCCUCUUCUGGCUGUGCCGGGUGGAGAUUAUAACAGUACAUGGCCAUUAAGGACAGAUUAUUCUUCAAGAUGUUCAAACGUUCAUAGAUGACCAGCAGGGUCAAAUAAUAAUCACUGGUUGUAGAGGGUGCAACAUGUCAGUACAUUAGGAGAGAUGGUAGAAAUAGGUUCACAAAGUCACCAGAUAAGACAGGAGAAUAACACCAGAUAUAACAGACUGACCCUAGCUCCCCGGCACAUAGACUAUUGCAGCAUAGAUACUGGAGACUAAGACUGGGGGGGCGUCGGGGGACACUGUGGCCCCGUCCGACGAUACCCCCGGACAGGGCCAACGAUACCCCCGGACAGGGCCAACCAGGCAGGAUAUAGCCCCACCCACUUUGCCAAAGCACAGCCCCCACACCACCAGAGGGAUAUCAACAGACCACCAACCUACUACCCUGAGACAAGAAUGAGUAUAGCCCACGAAGAUCUCCUCCACCGCACGAGCCCGAGGGGGCGCAAAACCGGACAGGACGAUCACGUCAGUGACUCAACCCACUCAAGUCAGGUAUACUGAAAAAAAGCCUGGCAUGACAUGACGCACCCCUCCUAGGGACGGCAUGGGAGAGCACUAGUAAGCCAGUGACUCAGCCCCCGUAGUAGGGUCAGAGGCAGAGAAGCCAAGGGGUGAGAGGGGAGCCGGCCAGGCAGAGACAGCCAAGGGCGGUUCGUCACUCCAGUGCCUUGCCGUUCACCUUCGCACCCCUGGGCCAGUCUACACUCAAUCAUAGGAGAGUCUUCAGUACAGGCUUAAAGGUUGAGACCGAGUCUGCGUCUCUCACAUGGAUACGCAGACCAUACUAAAUGUAGAGCUGUGUGUCGUCCACAUAGCAAGAGGUAGAAUAUAUUGUGAAAACAAUAGUGGUCCUAAAACGGAACCUUGAAUUGAUUCGUCAAUGGACAAACCAUCCACCGAGACAAACUGAUAUUUUUCCGACAGAUAAGAUCUAAACCAGGAAAGAACUUGUCCGUGUAGACCAAUUAGGUUUUCCCAUCUCUCCAAAAGAAUGUGGUGAUCGAUGGUGUCAAAAGCAGCACUAAGGUCUAGGAGCACGAGGACAGAUGCAGAGCCUUGGUCUGACGCCAUUAAAAGGUAAUUUACCACCUUCACGAGUGCAGUCUCAGUGCUAUGACUGGGUCUAAAACCAGAAUGGAGCGGUUCGUAUACAUUAUUUGUCUUCAGGAAAGCAGUGAGUUGCUGCGCAACAUGGAAUGGGAGAUUUUAUAUAGGCCAUUUUUGUUUUACAUUUUCUGGGUCAAGGUUUGGCUUUUUCAAGAGAGGCUUUAUUACUGCCACUUUUAGUGAGUUUGGUUCACAUCCGGAGGAUAGGGAGACGUUUAUUAUGUUCAACAUAGGAGGGCCAAGCACAGGAAGUUGCUCUUUCAGAAGUUUAGUUGGAAAGGGUCUAGUAGGCAGCUGGAAGGUUUAGAGGUCAUCCAUCACUAUUUUCAUGAGAUACAGGAUUAAAUAACUUGAGUGUCUCCAUUGAUCCUUGGUCCUGGCAGUUCUGUGCAGACUCUUGGAGAAAUACGCAGAUUCAAAGAGGAGUCCGUCAUUUGCUUUCUAAUGAUCAUGAUCUUUUCAUCGUAGAAGUUCAUGAAUUCAUCACUGCUGAAGUGAAAGCCAUCCUCUCUCGGGCAAUGCUGCGUUGUAGUUAGCUUUUACGACAGCGUCAAACAUGUAUUCUGGAUUGCUUUUAUACUCCUCAAUCAGGUUGGAAAAGUAGUCCGAUCGAGCAGCAGUGAUGGCUCUUCGAUAUUGCACAGUACUGUCCUUCCAAGCUAGUCGGAAGAGCUUCCUUCUGGGUAUUUUUCUGAGCUCAUUUCUGGUGACAAAUGUUUUUAGAGGAGUGACUCCAUCUAGGGUAUUACGCAAGGUUACAUUUAGAUCCUUGGUUAGGUGGUUAACUGAUUUUUGUUCUCCGACGUCCUUGGGUAGGUGGAGGGAGUCUGGAAGGGCCUCUAGGAAUCUAUUGCGCGGCUUUUGAUUGAUUGAUUGAUUGAUUGAUUGAUUGAUUUUUGAUUCGGUUGGAGUCCGAGCAGAUUAUUUGUUGCGAUUGCAAACUCGAUAGUCCAGGAUUAUGAGGAAAAAAACAUUUAGAUCCACAAUAUUUAUUCCACGGGACAGAACUAGAUCCACGGUAUGACUGUGGCAAUGCGUAGGUCCGGAGACAUGUUGGACAUAACCCGCUGAGUCGAUGAUGGCACCGAAAGCCUUUUGGAGUGGGGGUGUGGACUUUUCCAUGUGAAGAUUGAAGUAAACAAAAAUGUGAAUAUAAUCUGCCAUGACUACAAGGUCUGAUAGGAAUUCAGGGAACUCAGUGAGGAACUCUGUAUACGGCCCAGGAGGCCUGUAAACAGUAGCUAUAAAAAGUGGUUGGGUAGGCUGCAUAGAUUUCAUGACUAGAAGCUUAAAAUAUGAAAAAGCAUUUUUGUAAAAAUAAAUAAAUAUAUAUUGACAUUUGCUGUCAAAAAUGUUAGCAACACCCCCCCGCCUUUGCGGGAUGUGCGGGGGAUAUGGUCACUAGUGUAACCUGGAGGAGUGGCCUCAUUUAACUCAGUAAAUUCAUCAGGGUUAAGCCAAUCACAACAAGGAUUAUGAUCAGUGAUUAGUUAAUUGACUGUGACUGCCUUGGAAGAGAGGGGAUCUAACAUUAAGUAGUCCUAUUUUGAGUUGUGAGGUAAUAUCACAUAAUGACCGGGAUGGAGGAGGUCGUUAUUCCAGUGACAUUGCUAAGGCGAACAGCGCCAUGUUUAGAUUUUCCCGACCUAAAUCAAGGCACAGACACGGUCUCAAUGGGGGAUAGCUGAGCUGACUACACUGACUGUGCUAGUGGCAGACUCCACUAAGCUGUCAGGCUGGCUAACAGCCUGCUGCCUGGCCUGCACCCUAUCUCAUUGGGGCUGGCUAACAGCCUUGCUGCCUGGCCUGCACCCUGUCCCUCAUUGGGCUGGCUAACAGCCUGCUGCCUGGCCUGCCACCCUGUUCCUCAUUGGGAGGCUAACAGCCUGCUGCCUGGCCUGCACCCUGUCUCAUUGGGGAUGGCUAACAGCCUGCUGCCUGGCCUGCACCCUGUCUCAUUGGGCUGGCUAACAGCCUGCUGCUGGCCUGCACCCUGUCUCAUUGGGGCUGGCUAACCAGCCUGCUGCCUGGCCUGCCACCCUGUCUCAUUGGGCUGGCUAACAGCCUGCUGCCUGGCCUGCACCCUGUCUCAUUGGGCUGGUUCUAACAGCCUGCUGCCUGGCCUGCAACCCUGUCCUCAUUGGGCUGGGCUAACAGCCUGCUGCCUUGGCCUGGCCACCCUGUCUCAUUGGGCUGGCUAACAGCCUGCGCCUGGCCUGCACCCUGUCUCAUUGGGGAGGCUAACGGCCUGCUGCCCGGCCUGCACCCUGUCUCAUUGGGAGGCUAACAGCCUGCUGCCCGGCCUGCCACCCCCUGUCUCAUUGUGGAGCUAGAGAGUUAGAGCCCUGUCUAUGUUGGUAGAUAAGAUGAGAGCACCCCCUCCAGCUAGGAUGGAGUCCAAUCACUCCUCAGCAGCCAGGCUUGUCCUGUAGCACCCCUCCAGCUAGGAUGGAGUCCCUCACUCCUCAGCAGGCCAGGCUUGGUUCCUGUACACACCCCUCCAUCUCGGAUGGGUCCAUCACUCCUCAGCAGUCCAUGCUUGGUCCUUGUAGCACCCUCCAGGGUCCAUCACUCCUCAGCAGGCCAGGCUUGGUCCUGUAGCACCCCUCCAUCUAGGAUGGAGUCCGUCACUCCUCAGCAGGCCAGGCUUGGUCCUGUAGCAACCCUCCAUCUAGGAUGGAGUCCAUCACUCCCUCAGCCGGCCAGGCUUGGUCCUGUAGCACCCCUCCAUCUAGGAUGGAGUCCGUCACUCCUCAGCAGGCCAUGGCUUUGUCCUGUUAGCACCCCCUCCAGCUAGGAUGGAGUCCCUCACUCCUCAGCAGGCCAGGCUUGGUCCUGUAACACCCCUCCAUCUAGGAUGGGUCCAUCACUCCUCAUCAGGCCAGGCUUGGUCCUGUAGCACCCCUCCAGGUCCAUCACUCCUCAGCAGGCCAGGCUUGGUCCUGUAGCACCCCUCCAUCUAGGAUGGAGUCCGUCACCUCCUCAGCAGGCCAGCUUGGUCCUGUACACCCCUCCAUCUAGGAUGGAGUCCAUCAACUCCUCAGCAGGCCAGGCUUGGUCCUGUAGCACACCCUCCAUCUAGGAUGUGAGUCCGUCACUCCUCAGCAGGCCAGGCUUGGUCCUGUAGCACCCUCAUCUUGAUGGGAGUCCAUCACUCCUCAACAGCCAGGCUUGGUCCGUACACCCCUCCAUCUAGGAUGGGUCCAUCAUCUCCUCAGCAGCCAGGCUGGUCCGUACCCCCUCCACUAGGGUGGAUUCCGUCACUCCUCAUCAGGGCCUGCUUGGUCUGUACACCCCCUCCAUCUAGGAUUGGGGUCCAUCACUCCUCAGCAGGCCAGUCUGGUCCUGUGCCACCCCUCCAGCAUAGGAUGGAUUCCGACUCCUCACUGGCCAGGCUUGGUCCUGUAGCACCCCUCCGCUGAUGAGUCCCGUCACUCUCAUGCAGGCAGUGGUCCUGUUUGUGGGUGAGCCCAGGGAAGGUGGUUUUCCAAUUCAUCUUUGGGAAGGGCGAAAACAUUUUUCACUCAAAGUAGCCUCUUGACUCUGUCUGCUUGUUGAUCUAUGAUUACAUCAGAAUGCCUCUGACCUUCUUUUCUGUUUCUAUUGAUUACCAUCAGAUAGCCUCUGACUCUUCUCUGUUCUGUUGAUUAACAUCAGAUAGCCUCUGGCUCUUCUGCUCUUCUCUGUUCUGUUGAUUAACAUCAGAUAGCCUCUGGCUCUUCUGCUCUUCUCUGUUCUAUUGAUUACCAUCAGAUAGCCUCUGGCUCUUCUCUGUUCUGUUGAUUAACAUCAGAUAGCCUCUGGCUCAUCGCUGUUCUGUUGAUUACCCUCAGAUAGUCCUUGGUUCCCGUGUAGCUCAGUUUGUGACUCGUUGCAACGCCAGGUUGUGGGUUCGAUUCCCACGGUGCCAGUAUGGAAGAAAAGAAUGUAUGCACUCACUAACUGUAAGUCGCUCUGGAUAAGAGCGUCUGAUAAAUGACUAAAAUGUAAUUAAUCUAUUGAUUAACAUCAGAUAUUCUCUGACUCAUUUCUGUUCUGUUGAUUACCAUCAAAUAGCCUCUGACUCUUCUCUGUUCUAUUGAUUAACAUCAGAUAGCCUCUGGCUCUUCUCUGUUCUAUUGAUUAACAUCAGAUAGCCUCUGGCUCUUCUCUGUUCUGUUGAUUACCAUCAGACUCUGAUCUUCUCUGCUCUCUUCUGUUGUCAUUCUGCAUAGCAAGCCAGACCUCUGUCAGUCCACAUCCAUGUUUAUAGGCCUUCAAGUCUUAUGUGUUUCCCAAACUGCAUCCUAUUCCCUAUAUAGUGCACUACAUGUUGGCCCUGGUCCAAAUUAGUACACUAUAUAAGGGAAGCAUACCAAGUCUUCAAGCAUUCGCCCCCAAAAGCGUUUUAAAAAGCUCCAGGUCAUCUAUAAAUCACUUCUAGGCAAAUCCCUGCCUUAUCUUAGCUCAUUGGUCACCAUAGCAACACCCACCCGUAGUAUGCGCUCCAGCAUGUAUAUCUAAUAAUAAUAAUAAUAUGCCAUUUAGCAGACGCUUUUAUCCAAAGCGACUUACAGUCAUGCGUGCAUACAUUUUUACGUAUGGGUGGUCCCGGUGAUCGAACCCACUACCCUGGCGUUACAAGCGCCAUGCUCUACCAAUUGAGCUACAGAGGACCACUUUGAGCUACAGAGGACCACUGGUCAUCCCCAAAGCCAACAACAUCUCCUUUGGCCGCCAUUCCUUCCAGUUCUCUGCUGCCAAUGACUGGAACGAACUGCAAAAAUCUCUGAAGCUGGAGACUCUUAUCUCCCUCACUAACUUUAAGCAUCAGUUGUCAGAGCACCUUACCGAUCACUGCACCUGUACACAGCCCAUCUGAAAUUAGCCCACCCAACUACCUCAUCCCCAUAUUGUUAUUUAUUUUGCUCAUUUGCACCCCAGUAUCUCUAUUUGCACAUCAUGUCUUGCACAUCUAUCAUUCCAGUGUUAAUACUAAUUGUAAUUAUUUUGCACUAUGGCCUAUUUAUUGCCUUACCUCCAUAACUUGCUACAUUUGCACACACCUGUAUAUAUAUUUUCUGUUGUAUUUUUGACUUUAUGUUUUGUUUUACCCCAUAUGUAACUCUGUGUUGUUGUUUUUAUCGCACUGCUUUGCUUUAUCUUGGCCAGGUCGCAGUUGUAAAUGAGAACUUGUUAGGCCCGUAGGGCUCUAUACAGUAUAGGCCCAUUGGGCUCUUGUCAAAAGUAGUGCACUAUAUAGGGAAUAGGGUGCCAUUCUCUGGUCUAAAGUAGUGCACUAUAUAGGGAAUAGGGUGCCAUUCUCUGGUCUAAAGUAGUGCACUAUAUAGGGAAUAGGGUGUCCAUUCUCUGGUCUAAAGUAGUGCACUAUAUAGGGAAUAGGGUGCCAUUCUCUGGUCUAAAGUAGUGCGCUAAAGGAUAGGGUGCCAAUUCUUGCGGUACUACAAGUAGUGGCACUAUAUAUGGGAUAGGGUGCCAUUCUCUGGUCUAAAGUAGUGCACUAUAUAGGGAAUAGGGUGCCAUUCUCUGGUCUAAAGUAGUGCACUAUAUAGGGAAUAGGGUGCCAUUCUCUGGUCUAAAGUAGUGCGCUAUAUAGGGAAUAGGGUGCCAUUCUCUGGUCUAAAGUAGUGCACUAUAUAGGGAAUAGGGUGCCAUUCUCUGGUCUAAAGUAGUGCACUAUAUAGGGAAUAGGGUGCCAUUCUCUGGUCUAAAGUAGUGCACUAUAUAGGGAAUAGGGUGCCAUUCUCUGGUCUAAAGUAGUGCACUAUAUAGGGAAUAGGGUGCCAUUCUCUGGUCUAAAGUAGUGCACUAUAUAGGGAAUAGGGUACCAUUUGAGAUGCAGCCAUAUACUCAGUGGAGUGGAACAGCUGGGGCCUCAGUUAUUGACUGAAACUGGAAGCUAAAGAACCCCCUCGCCCCAUUUACACCCCCUCUCUCCUGCCCUCCUCCCUGCCCCACCCCUCCUCUCCUCCCCUCUCCCCUGCUCCCUGCCUCUCCUCUCCUCUCCUCCUCCUCUCCUCUCCUCUCCUCUCCUCUCCUCUCCUCUCCUCCCUCUCCUCUCCUCCCUCCUCCCCUCUCCUCUCCUCUCCUCUCCUCUCCUCUCCUCUCCUCUCCUCUCCUCUCCUCUCCUCUCCUCUCCUCUCCUCUCCUCUCCUCUCCUCUCCUCCCUGCCCCCCCCCCUCCCUCCCCACCUCUCCUCCCUCCCCACCUCUCCUCUCCCUCCCCUUCUCCCUGCCCCACCCCACCCCACCCCUCCCCUCCCCUCCCCCCUCCUCCCUGCCCCACCCCUCCUCCCCGUUGACCUGUUCUUGUAUAGUAAUAAGCUUAAAGCUUCCCAAUGACCAUCCUUUGUGAGUGGAACAUCAGAGACUGCAAUUAUCUUGUCCUUGACAGAAGUGACAUUGUCCUUCCUGCUGUUUAAAACAUCAUGAGAGGGAGAGGGACGGAGAGAGGAAGAGAGAUAUGGGGACUGAAAGACAGAGAAAUAGACAGUGAGAGAGGUGAUGCUUAGCUCAGUCUCGAGGCCUGUUGUCACCCUUUUUAUCUACUCAUGCACUGUAUUCUCGUUGAUGUGCUGCACACACCACACACACACACACACACACACACACACGCACGCACGCACGCACGCACACGUAGUCAGACCUAGUGGAAGUCAAGCCUGGUCCAGAGAGUAUGACCUACAUAACAUCCCAGUUAGCAGCCUGGUCCAAAGGUAUACCACUAACCCCCAGUUAGAGCCUGGUCCAGAGAGUAUGACCUACAUAACAUCCCAUUAGCGCCUGGCUCAAGAGUAUACCUAAUACAUCCCUGUUAGCGCCUGGGCUCAGAUCAGAGACAGGCCCUGUUAGCAGCCUGGGGCUCAGAUCAGAGACAGGCCCUGUUAGCAGCCUGGGGCUCAGAUCAGAGACAGGCCCUGUUAGCAGCCUGAGGCUCAGAUCAGAGACAGGCCCGUAGCCUGGGGAUCAGAUCAGAGACAGGGCCCUGUUAGCAGCCUGGGGCUCAGAUCAGAGACAGGCCCUGUUAGCAGCCUGGGGCUCAGAUCAGAGACAGGCCCUGUUAGCAGCCUGGGGCUCAGAUCAGAGACAGGCCCUGUUAGCAGCCUGGGGCUCAGAUCAGAGACAGGCCCUGUUAGCAGCCUGGGGCUCAGAUCAGAGACAGGCCCUGUUAGCAGCCUGGGGCUCAGAUCAGAGACGGCCCUGUUAGCAGCCUGGGGCUCAGAUCAGAGACAGGCCCUGUUAGCAGCCUGGGGCUCAGAUCAAGACAGGCCCUCUGUCUGCGCCUGGGGCUCAGAUCAGAGACAGGCCCUGUUGCACCUGGGGCUCAGUCGAGCGGCCCUGUUAGCAGCCUGGCUCAGAUCAAGACAGGCCCUGUUACCUGGGGCUCAGAUCGAAAGGCCCUGUUACACCUGGGGCUCAGAUCAGAGCAGGCCCUGUUAGCAGCCUGGGGCUUUCAAUCAGAGACGCCCUGUUAGCCCUGGCUCAGAUCAGAGACGGCCCUGUAGCAUCCUGGGCUCAGUCAGCAGGCCCUGUAGCAGCCUGGGCUCGAUCAGAGACAGGCCCGUUAGCCAGCCUGGGGCUCAAUCAAGACAGGCCCUUACCCUGGGGCUCACAUCAGACGCCCUGUUAGCGCCUGGGCUCAGAUCAGAGACAGGCCCUGUUGCAGCCUGGGCUCAGAUCAGAGACAGUCCCUGUUGCAGCCUGGGCUCAUCAAACGGCCCGUACCUGGGCUCAGAUCAGAGCAUGGCCCGUACCUGGGGCUCAGAUCAGAGACAGCCUGUUGCAGCCUGGCUCAGAUCGGCAGUCGUUAGCAGCUGGGGCUCAAUCAGGGACAGGCCCCUGUUGCAGCCUGGGCUCUCGAGCAGGCCUGUUGCGCCUGGGCUCAAUCCAGCAGGCCCGUUACAGCUGGGCUCAUCGGACAGGCCCUGUUACAGCCUGGGAUCGAUCAUCUCCUCGUCAUCUCUAUCCAUCUUGUCCUCUCUCUCAUCCUUCUCUCCCUAUCUCCUCUCGUCUUCGAUCUCUUCUCUCUCUCCCUCGCUUUCAAUCCGUCGCUCUUCGUCUCCUCUCUCUCUCCUCCCUCUCUCUCUCUCCCCUCGACCUCCUUCUCUCUCUCCACUCCUCCUCUCCUCCUCUCUCUACUGCCAAUCCGCUCACCCCUCCUCUCGUUCUCUCAGCCUCUCAGGCCUGUCCUUCUCUCCCCUCCCUCCCCUCUUCCUCUCUCUCUCUCUGAAAGGGAGAUUAACUCCAGUAUUGAACAGCCUGUUAGUGAUGGGGGGGGGAUCGAUACAGUUACAUAUCGCAAUGUAAUUUUAGACGGUAUUAUAACGAUGAUUUGACUCCGAGUAACAUUAGCUAGCACUAGUCGGCUGUACCUGCCCCAAAAAUCUGGUAUUUUUCAUCCUAUAGCUUCUCAAUCUACUUUAUAAAUAGUGAACCAAACGGUUUCAGCGCUUUUCAAUUUCCCAUCGACUGCAUCAACACUAAAUUUGUUCAUGCCUCCUCUCUUGUCUCUCUGCUGCAGACACAUAGUGAGCAAUAUGUUUGGAACGUUGGAUUGCAAUAAAAUCGCAGUAUCGAAACGCAAUACAUAUACAAUCGUGAGAAUCGUGAGUAUCGUAUACAUAUCGUAUCGGCACCUGAGUAUUGUGAUAAUAUCAUAUCGUGAGGCCACUGGCAAUUCCCAGUCCUAACAGCCACCUACAGAUGUAGGAUCUUAAUUUGAGCCAGUUUGCUACAGCAGGAAAAUAAUCCUGCAGCAACAGGAAAUGGGAAUUAUUAUGUGGAUUAUAAUUCAUGGACAUUUUUUGUAGGGGUUGAUAUGUUUUAAGUCUGACAUUUUAAAGUGGAAAUUACAAACUUUAGAAGCCUUUUUAAACCUUGAAUAUACUACAAGUUUGCAUUUCCUUCAGUGCAGGAAAAUUCCCAGCACCAAAAGAGUGAUCAAAUUAAGCUCCUAUCCUGACUGAAGACUGUGACCUUUAACUUGGCCAUAGCACCUGUUUGGUUAGAGUGUUUGUCUAUGCUCCAUGUGAAAACACCCUGACUGAUGGCUAUCUACCUAGCCUGUUGACGCAGCAUACGACUGCACACUCCUUUUCUCUGAUCUGCUCUAAUACUGUAUAGACACAACCAGUAUACACUCUAUCUGCUCUAAUGCUGUAUAGACACAACCAGUAUACACUCUAUCUGCUCUAAUACUGUAUAGACACAACCAGUAUACACUCUAUCUGCUCUAAUGCUGUAUAGACACAACCAGUAUACACUCUAUCUGCUCUAAUGCUGUAUAGACACAACCAGUAUACACUCUAUCUGCUCUAAUGCUGUAUAGACACAACCAGUAUACACUCUAUCUGCUCUAAUGCUGUAUAGACACAACCAGUAUACACUCUAUCUGCUCUAAUACUGUAUAGACACACCAGUAUACACUCUAUCUGCUCUAAUGCUGUAUAGACACAACAGUAUACACUCUAUCUGCUCUAAUGCUGUAUAGACACAACCAGUAUACACUCUAUCUGCUCUAAUGCUGUAUAGACACAACCAGUAUACACUCUAUCUGCUCUAAUGCUGUAUAGACACAACCAGUAUACACUCUAUCUGCUCUAAUGCUGUAUAGACACAACCAGUAUACACUCUAUCUGCUCUAAUGCUGUAUAGACAACAACCAGUAUACACUCUAUCUGCUCUAAUGCUGUAUAGACACAACCAGUAUACACUCUAUCUGCUCUAAUGCUGUAUAGACACAAACCAGUAUACACUCUAUCUGCUCUAAUGCUGUAUAGACACAACCAGUAUACACUCUAUCUGCUCUAAUGCUGUAUAGACACAACCAGUAUACACUCUAUCUGCUCUAAUGCUGUAUAGACACAACCAGUAUACACUCUACUGCUCUAAUGCUGUAUAGACACAAACCAGUAUACACUCUAUCUGCUCUAAUGCUGUAUAGACACAACCAGUAUACACUCUAUCUGCUCUAAUGCCUGUAUAGACACAACCAGUAUACACUCUAUCUGCUCUAUAGCUGUAUAGACACAACCAGUAUACACUCUAUCUGCUCUAAUGCUGUAUAGACACAACCAGUAUACACUCUAUCUGCUCUAAUGCUGUAUAGACACAAAACAACCAGUAUAACACAACAGUAACUAUCUGCUCUAAUGCUGUAUAGACACAACCAGUAUACAACUCUAUCUGCUCUAAUGCUGUAUAGACACAACCAGUAUACACCUCUAUCUGCUCUAAUGCUGUAUAGACACAACCAGUAUACACUCUAUCUGCUCUAAUGCUGUAUAGACACAACCAGUAUACACUCUAUCUGCUCUAAUGCUGUAUAGACACAACCAGUAUACACUCUAUCUGCUCUAAUGCUGUAUAGACACAACCAGUAUACACUCUAUCUGCUCUAAUGCUGUAUAGACACAACCAGUAUACACUCUAUCUGCUCUAAUGCUGUAUAGACACAACCAGUAUACACUCUAUCUGCUCUAAUGCUGUAUAGACACAACCAGUAUACACUCUAUCUGCUCUAAUGCUGUAUAGACACAACCAGUAUACACUCUAUCUGCUCUACUACUGUAUAGACACAACCAGUAAACAGUGAGGGGAAAAAAGUAUUUGAUCCCCUGCAGAUUUUGUACGUUUGCCCACUGACAAAGAACUUAUCAGUCUAUAAUUUUAAUGGUAGGUUUAUUUGAACAGUGAGAGACAGAAUAACAACAACAAAAAUCCAGAAAAAUGCAUGUCAAAACUGUUAUAAAUUGAUUUGCAUUUUAAUGAGGGAAAUAAGUAUUUGACCCCCUCUCAGUCAGAAAGAUUUCUGGCUCCCAGGUGUCUUUUAUACAGGUAACGACCUGAGAUUAGGAGCACAUUCUUAAAGGGAGUGCUCCUAAUCUCAGUUUGUUACCUGUAUAAAAGACACCUGUCCACAGAAGCAAUCAAUCAAUCAAAUUCCAAACUCUCCACCAUGGCCAAGACCAAAGAGCUCUCCAAGGAUGUCAGGGACAAGAUUGUAGACCUACACAAGGCUGGAAUGGGCUACAAGACCAUCGCCAAGCAGCUUGGUGGGAAGGUGACAACAGUUGGUGCGAUUAUUCGCAAAUGGAAGAAACACAAAAUAACUGUCAAUCUCCCUCGGCCUGGGGCUCCAUGCAAGAUCUCCCGAGUGGCGCAGUGGUCUAAGGCACUGCAUCGCAGUGCUAGCUGUGCCAUUAGAGAUCCUGGUUCGAAUCCAGGCUCUGUCGUAGCCGGCCGCGACCGGGAGACCCAUGGGGCAGCGCACAAUUGGCCGAGCGUCGUCCAGGGUAGGGGAGGGAAUGGCCGGCAGGGAUGUAGCUCAGUUGGUAGAGCAUGGCGUUUGCAAUGCCAGGGUUGUGGGUUUGAUUCCCACGGGGGGCCAGUAUGGAAAAAAUAUAUAUAUAAAUAAUGUAUGCACUCACUAACUGUAAGUCGCUCUGGAUAAGAGCGUUUGCUAAAUGACGUAAAUGUAAACGUAAAUCUCACCUCGUGGAGUUGCAAUGAUCAUGAGAACGGUGAGGAAUCAGCCCAGAACUACACGGGAGGAUCUUGUCAAUGAUCUUAAGGCAGCUGGGACCAUAGUCACCAAGAAAACAAUUGGUAAAACACUACGCCAAGGACUGAAAUCCUGCAGCGCCCACAAGGUCCCCCUGAAAGCACAUAUACAGGCCCGUCUGAAGUUUGCCAAUGAACAUCUGAAUGAUUCAGAGGAGAACUGGGUGAAAGUGUUGUGGUCAGAUGAGACCAAAAUCGAGCUCUUUGGCAUCAACUCAACUCGCCGUGUUUGGAGGAGGAUGAGGAAUGCUGCCUAUGACCCCAAGAACACCAUCCCCACGGUGGAAAUAUUAUGCUUUGGGGGUGUUUUUCUGCUAAGGGGACAGGACAACUUCACUGCAUCAAAGGGAUGAUGGACGGGGCCAUGUACCGUCAAAUCUUGGGUGAGAACCUCCUUCCCUCAGCCAGGGCAUUGAAAAUGGGUCGUGGAUGGGUAUUCCAGCAUGACAAUAACCCAAAACACACGGCCAAGGCAACAAAGGAGUGGCUCAAGAAGAAGCACAUUAAGGUCCUGGAGUGGCCUAGCCAGUCUCCAGACCUUAAUCCCAUAGAAAAUCUGUGGAGGGAUCUGAAGGUUCGAAUUGCCAAACGUCAGCCUCGAAACCUUAAUGACUUGGAGAAGAUCUGCAAAGAGGAGUGGGACAAAAUCCCUCCUGAGAUGUGUGCAAACCUUGUGGCCAACUACAAGAAACGUCUGACCUCUGUGAUUGCCAACAAGGGUUUUGCCACCAAGUACUAAGUCAUGUUUUGCAGAGGGGUCAAAUACUUAUUUCCCUCAUUAAAAUGCAAAUCAAUUUAUAACAUUUUUGACAUGCGUUUUUCUGGAUUUUUUUGUUGUUAUUCUGUCUUUCACUGUUCAAAUAAACCUACCAUUAAAAUUAUAGACUGAUCAUGUCUUUGUCAGUGGGCAAACGUACAAAAUCAGCAGGGGAUCAAAUACUUUUUUCCCUCACUGUACACUCUCUCUCUGCAUGCUUUACUACUGUAUAGACACAACCAGUAUACACUCUAUCUGCUCUACUACUGUGUAGACACAACCAGUAUACGCUCUCCCUGCAUGCUUUUGUCUUGGUUUGGGGUUUUCUAUCACAGUAUUGUUCUGCCUCUCUGUCUCUAAAAAUAGAAAACAACAUUUCCAGUUUAUCAACAGAAGAAAAAACAAAAUGAAUUGGCAAGACGGACCAGUUUUGAUUCUAUUUAAGGAAAGUUUGCUCACUCUGAACAAUAUUUGUGUUUCCUUUGUCAUCCUAUGUUUUCUUUUUCCCAGGUCGAAUAGUUGCUGCUGUUGGAGAGGCCGGCUCUGUCCGGGCUCCCUUUGUGCUAGUUUCUCUCUCGCUCUUUCUCUAUAUCCCUCCCUCUCUCUCUCUCUCUCUCUCUCUCUCUCUCUCUCUCUCUCUCUCUGUCCCUCUCUCUCUCUCUCGCUCUCUCUCUCUCGCUCUCGCUCUCUCGCUCUCUCUCUCUCCCUCCCCCCUCCCACUCUCUUUUUUUUCUCCCAGGAUAAAUGAGAAUCCUAUUGAAUGAGGCAGGCCCUGUAAGACAUUGUUGAAGGAUGAUAGACAUGGUCUAUAAUGGUCUGACUGAGGCUGCCUGCUCCUCUCCUCUAUGGAUCAGUAAUAUGAGGUUUCAGCUCAGCUGGCAGGUCAUCCAUUCUAAACUAGACCUCUUUAACAUUAAUGUAAUAAAUAAUAAUAAAGUAAUGUAAUCAGUCAGUCAGUAUGGUUCAUUACACAAAAAGGCAACAAGGUCCGGUUUUGAAGUACUCUCGUCAACAUGUUUCCACAGUGAACUAAAAGCAAACUUGGUGACAUACUUUGUAGUGAAACAUGGGUGCUGGUAGUCGCUCUGCUUAGCUUGACCUUGUUUUCUCCCUUUGAUCUCCGCCCACAGUCAGAGGCUCUCAGCCCACAGUCAGAGGCUCUCCGCCCACAGUCAGAGGCUCUCCGCCCAAGAGGCUCUCCGCCCACAGUCAGAGGCUCUCAGCCCACAGUCAGAGGCUCUCCGCCCACAGUCAGAGGCUCUCCGCCCACAGUCAGAGGCUCUCCGCCCACAGUCAGAGGCUCUCAGCCCACAGUCAGAGGCUCUCAGCCCACAGUCAGAGGCUCUCAGCCCACAGCCAGAGGCUCUCAGCCCACAGUCAGAGGCUCUCAGCCCACAGUCAGAGGCUCUCCGCCCAAGAGGCUCUCCGCCCACAGUCAGAGGCUCUCCGCCCAAGAGGCUCUCAGCCCACAGUCAGAGGCUCUCCGCCCACAGCCAGAGGCUCUCAGCCCACAGUCAGAGGCUCUCAGCCCACAGUCAGAGGCCCGCUCUAGUGUUGACGUUUGAGGAUUUAAAAGCAAGUACGAUAUUUAAGGUGCUGUGCAGCAGGUGUUAAAUCCCUGAUAUCAAGAGUGGAGAAAUUAAGGAUCAAGGAUGUCCUCAACUCUAAAUGACAUAUCAAAGUUAUGCCGCUCCCUUCUCUGCACUAAUAGUCCAGUUCUCCCCAUAGCAGAGCUAGGAGGGGAGAGAGGGGAGAGCUGAGAGAGGAGAGAGCUGAGAGAAGGGAGAGAUGGGGAGUGCUGGGAGGAGAGAGGGGGGAGAGCUGGCAGGGGAGAGAGGGGGGAGAGCUGGGAGGGGAGACAGGGGGAGAGCUGGGAGGAGAGAGAGGGGGAGAGCUGGGAGGAGAGAGAGGGGGUUGA